UUUGAAAAUAUCCAGCCUUUGUAAAGCAUCAGCAUAAAUAAACCAAUAUGGCGACAAUCGUACCCCCGCCGUCGAAACGGCAGAAGAGAGAAGAGCUUGAGCGCUCUCAGAUCCAGCAGGAUGUUACGGCGAUCGCUUCUGGGCCUGCUGGCUCGUUCAAGGCGAGGUUCUUGGAUGGAGAUGGGAAGCAGAUGGCAGAUGUGAUUGAGGUUCCUCUUGCGGAUGCUUCAGAGAAGAACCUGUCGCUUCUUUUGAAUACGUUACUUGCUAGGGAAAAAGAGGAAUUUCUCCCAUAUCGAUUCCGAAUUCACAUCCCAGAUACCGAUAUCAUCGUGGACCAAUACCCUACCGAUCUUCUACAGCUUCUUCGCAACCAUGGCAUUGAGAACCCCUUCGAAACUACUGUCACACUUAGCGCUGAGCCGCAGGCUGUAUUCAAGGUGCAGCCUGUAACGCGCAUGUCCCAUAAGAUCCCUGGCCAUGGCGAAGCAAUUCUCGCAGCUCAAUUCAGCCCCAAGAACAGUAAUCGACUAGCCACAGGUUCUGGAGAUAAGACAGCGCGGAUAUGGGAUACUGAUACGGGAACACCCAAGUACACACUCUCCGGCCAUGGUGGAUGGGUGUUGGCAGUCGCUUGGUCCCCCGAUGGUGCACGUCUCGCUACUGGAAGUAUGGAUAAGUCAGUCCGACUCUGGGACCCCGAAACUGGAAAAGCCGUUGGAAACCCCUGGACAGGACACUCAAAGUGGGUGACCAAUAUCUGCUGGGAGCCUUAUCAUCUCUGGAGAGACGGUACACCUCGGUUAGCGAGUGCAAGCAAAGACGCAACAGUCCGGAUAUGGGUUGUCAACACGGGAAAGACCGAGCAUGUCCUAUCCGGUCACAAGAGCAGUGUAAGUUGUGUGCGCUGGGGAGGCGAGGGUCUGGUAUACAGCGCCAGUCAUGACAAGACGGUGCGAGUGUGGAAUGCUGAGAAGGGAACGCUUGUGCACACCUUGUCGUCUCACGUCCACUGGGUGAACCAUCUUGCGCUCUCGACGGAUUUUGUCUUGAGGACUGGAUUCUACGACCACACGCCUGUUCCUGAUACGGAGGAGGGAAAGAGAAGUAAGGCUAAGGAGAGAUUUGAGAAGGCUGCCAAGUUUCAGGGGAGAAUUGCUGAGCGAGUGGUCACUGCUAGUGAUGAUUUCACAAUGUAUCUCUGGGAUCCAGCGCAGAGCACAAAGCCUGUUGCGCGUAUGUUGGGACAUCAGAAGCAGGUGAACCAUGUCACUUUCUCACCAGAUGGAUCUCUUAUUGCCAGUGCAGGCUGGGAUAACCACACCAAGAUCUGGAGUGCCAGGGACGGCAAAUUCAUCAACACCCUCCGCGGCCACGUAGCUCCCGUCUACCAAUGCGCCUUCUCAGCAGACUCCCGACUCCUCGUCACAGCAUCAAAGGACACAACACUCAAGGUGUGGUCAAUGGCCUCUCACAAACUCGCCGUGGAUCUGCCCGGCCACCAGGACGAAGUGUACGCGGUGGACUGGGCGCCAGAUGGAAAGAGGGUUGGCAGCGGUGGUAAAGACAAGGCCGUUCGGCUGUGGCGGAAUUAGAAUCCAGAAAAUGGUGUUUGUUACUGUUACAAGUCAAGAUACCCCCGAUCACAAGUUUGCUGUGCCGUGCAUGCUUCACCGGAUGAGUAGAAAAAACGUGCG